AGCGACCGUCCCGCCAUCUAGGGACGACCGGCGUCAGAGACGUCAGCGGCGUGCGUCGCUCGCCGGAAGCCGACUGCCAUCGACUCACUUCCGGUCGUAUUCGAAAAAUGGCUGGUCUGAGGCAAACGCCGCUGACUUGCUCCGGCCACACUCGACCCGUCGUAGACGUCUGUUUCUCCAAGUUAUCGCCGACGGGAUCUUACUACUCAAUAUCGGCCUGCAAAGAUGGCAAGCCUAUGCUCAGGCAGGGCGACACCGGGGACUGGAUCGGCACUUUUGUCGGUCACAAGGGGGCGGUGUGGGGCGUGGCACUCAACAAGGACGCUUCCAGGGCCGCCACCGGCGCCGCCGACUUCACUGCAAAGCUGUGGAAUGCCGUGGCUGGCGAAGAGCUGCACACCUUCACCCACCCCCACAUCGUGCGAUGCGUUGACUUCGAUGCCGAGGGCGUUAGGCUCUUGACCGGCAGCAAUGACAAGACAAUCAGGGUCUUCGACAUCAACAAAGAAGAUGCAGCUCCGACGAUGCUCAAGGGUCACACGUCUGCCAUCAAGAAAGUGCUGUUCCUUUUUGACGACAAGCGCAUUGUCUCGGCGUCGGAUGACAAGACUGUCCGGUUCUGGGACUAUGUGAGUGGCUCGGAAGUGGCAAAGCUGGAACUGUCGAGCGCGCCGAGCGACCUGGAGAUCACCGUUGACGGGAGCAUGCUGCUCGUCACCCACGGACACACCGUCAGCACCUGGAGCACGGAGACAUUCGAGAAGGUGAAGGAGUUCAAGGUGCCCAACCAGGUGAACUCUGCCUCCCUGCUCCCAGACAAGUCCGUCUUUGUGUGUGGUGGAGAAGACUUCAAGAUGUACAAGUUUGAAUACGAGACUGGAGCGGAACUGGAAUCGUUCAAGGGGCACUUUGGGCCGGUGCACUGCGUGCGCUUCUCGCCCGACGGCGAGCUCUACGCGAGCGGAAGCGAGGACGGGACACUGAGGCUCUGGCAGACAACAGUGGGCAAGACGUACGGCCUGUGGAAGUGCAUGCAGCCGUCGGAGGGGGCCGCCGGAGAGGCCUGCUCGAACCAGAUCAAUGCGACCAACGACAUUCCCUCGCCCCCUGAAGCCGCCGCCGUCAACGCCGCGGUGAAGGCGGAGGCGUGACCCUGAAACCCAAAACCAAAGCAACACGAAAACUACUCGGAAGGCAUCGUUCUCGGUCGUCUGCAACCCGAUUGGCAUCUGUCGUCAUCGCGGAAGCUCACAGUCUAUCGCGCUGCGACGCUUUGAAAUGCCUCUGGACGCCGAAGCGUCUCUCCCACCGCGAACGAGCCCGGACGGAAAAGGAUUUCUUGAAAGAAAGCACGACGACGGAAAAAAAAAGUCCGCUGGGUCGGAGAACGAAGGUUAUCUACUUCCUGGUUCCUUCGAAUUCAUUUCUUUCUUUCUAAGUAAUUAAAACGAGGGGGUUGAUCCGUUUCCUGCAGCGAGAAA